GAGACCCUCCAAUACCCCACUACCCUGCGCCUACCUACUGUCUGCCUUCAACCGUUUUGCAUUCUACUGUCGUUAGCCUUUGCUUUCCCCUUCCAUGUCGUGAAAUUUCUAGUGGGCUGUGCAUUAGUGCCUGGAACACUGUAUGCACACUGUACACGCCCACAUCGCCAGAAUGUAAUGUACAUACCAAGGAAUAUCCCCCGAAUCGCCUGUUUUCAGCGACAUGCAGACCUAGAGCUAAAGCAACCUUUUGCCGCUGGAUGUGAGGAUACCGUUAAGCGCCCUGUUUGUUGAGGGUUUG